UCCCGACUGUCUCGUACCGUCAAUCCGUUCUCGACCGUCGCAGAAUUCAACAACUGUUCUCGUGACAAAUCCAGCCAAAAAAUUGUACUCCGAAUUUUUUUCGCCGAAACACGUUAGUUUUCAAAUUUUUUAUCGACAUUUUUUCACCUCUGUGGUUCAGAUCCGGUCUCCCGCAAUCAACGCGUGAAAUUGUCGCCAGUGCUCGUAGUUUUGAGCAGUGUAAAUUGUACAUACCUAAGUACCUCCUGCGCAGCGAUAGCCAACAUGAGAUUCGCGAUAAUCGGAUUCUUAGUGCUGGUGAUGGGCGCCGCCGUCAAGGCGCACAUACACUUCAUCAGACUGGCUCUGCUGGCGGCCAUGGGAUUGGCCGGCAUGUGGAUGAUGCACAAACUCGCGCAAGAUUGGCACAAGAUUUCGUCUAGCAGACCCGCCAAGCCAGCCGCCAUGGCCGGAAGGCUUUUGGGACUCUGGAAGAGAUCCAUACCAGACGAGCACGUCAACGCGUACGUCGAAGAAUCCCUGUCCGAUUUCUACAAAUUCGACGAAAUCCUUAGGCAAGACAGGUCGACGUGUGCGAGGAAAAUGAUAUGUCAAAUCGCGGCCACGCCUGAAAAGCAGCUCAAUCAAGUGGAGAUCAAUCUACUCAAAUUGUUGAGUCCCGCUGAACACUUUGGCGAAAAUGUGGCAAAGAACAUAUUCCGAAAGGCCAUGGAUUUGGGACGGAGUAAAAAGAACGUGGAGGCGUGUCAUUCAGAGUAUAAAAAAUGCAGAUUCAACACAAGACAAAUGUUUAAAUUAUUCAGCUCGUUCAUGUGACCCUGACUCAUCAUUCUGCGCUCGUUUGUUUUCUACCGAUUCAAUACGAGCCUGUAAAUUAUGUGCCAAAUACGUGUAUUAUUACUACUACUAUUAUUAUUUUAUAUUAAUAUUAUUAUUUUUUUAUUUGUUAUUAAUCAAUUGAUCAACAGCAUGUAAUAUGUAAUUAUUUUAUAUGCAUAUAAUUAGCAAAGUUGGGCUAGUUAGUCAUUGUUUUUUACUAAACAAAAUUAAGUCAAUCAUUAUAAAUCAUUAUAAUUAUAAAAUAUCAAUAAAAUUAGAUUUAAAGUUGUUA